UGACGUGGCGCAGCCGCCCGCGCAGGCCUCCUUCCGACUGGGGUAGAGGCCGGGGGAGCAGCUCUGGAUGAAGGGAGCUGUGCUGAGGGAACGCGCGGGCAGCUCGCCCGGCUGCUGACUUAGGAGAUGUCUGGGACAAGGAGACCACCUUCUCAGGGCAAAAGGAAAAUGAGGUGACAGUCGUUGAGACCACUGAAGGAAACCCAUGGCUAGGAUCAGUUUUUCCUACCUCUGCCCAGCCUCCUGGUACUUCACUGUACCCACAGCGAGCCCUUUUCUCCGUCAACGGGUGGCAUUCCUAGGACUCUUCUUCAUAUCCUGUCUCCUUUUACUUAUGUUAAUCAUGGACUUUCGACAUUGGGGUGCUGCGUUACCACGAGAUAGGAAUUAUGAAAGGUAUUUGGCUAGAGUAGGGGAGCUUGAAGCUACGGACACUGAAGACCCAAAUCUAAAUUACGGCCUUGUUGUGGACUGUGGCAGCAGUGGCUCCCGGAUUUUUGUUUACUUCUGGCCAAGACAUAAUGGGAACCCCCAUGAUUUGCUGGACAUCAAACAGAUGAGAGACCGCAGCAGCCAACCAGUGGUUAAAAAAAUCAAGCCAGGUACUAAUCGGAAUAUAUAUCAUUGUCAUUCUCUUUUAUCUGCUACAGGGAAGGGAAGGGGAAGGGGACAGGACGGGAGGGGGAGAAAGCAAGCUACCAGUUCAGCACUAACUCUUAGAUUUUUUGUUCUUUCUUUCAGGAAGCAGUUGGCUAUCUUGACUGAUCUAGUGAAAGAUUUACCCUUGGAAUUUGACUUCCUCUUUUCACAGUCUCAGGCCGAAGUGAUCUCUGGGAAGCAGGAAGGGGUUUAUGCAUGGAUUGGAAUUAACUUUGUGCUGGGAAGAUUCGACCAUGAGGAUGAAUCAGAUGCUGAGGCACCCCAGGAAUUGGCGAUGGGACGCAGAAGGACAGUGGGGAUACUGGAUAUGGGAGGAGCCUCUCUCCAAAUUGCUUAUGAAGUUCCUACCUCAACCUCUGUCCUUCCUCCAAAACAGGAAGAAGCUGCAAAGGUCCUGCUGGCUGAAUUCAACCUGGGCUGUGAUGUGCAACACACCGAACAUGUGUAUAGGGUCUAUGUCACAACCUUCCUGGGUUUUGGGGGCAACUUUGCCCGGCAGCGCUAUGAAGACCUUGUGCUGAAUGAAACCCUUAACAAAAACAGGUUGCUGGGCCAGAAGACAGGUCUGAGUCCUGACAAUCCAUUCCUGGAUCCCUGCCUGCCUGUGGGGCUCACAGAUGUGGUGGCGAGGGACAGCCAGGUGUUGCAUGUCCGAGGACAAGGAGACUGGGUGGCUUGCGGGGCAUUGCUGAGGCCCCUCCUGGCUCGCUCCAACACCAGCCAGGCCUCGCUGAACGGCAUCUACCAGUCACCAAUUGACUUCAACAACAGCGAGUUCUAUGGUUUCUCUGAGUUUUUUUACUGUACAGAGGAUGUGUUGCGCAUUGGUGGCCGCUACAAUGGGCCAACAUUUGCCAAAGCUUCUCAGGAUUACUGUGGCAUGGCUUGGUCAGUACUAAUUCAGAGAUUCAAGAAUGGACUUUUUUCAUCACAUGCAGAUGAGCAUCGACUCAAAUACCAGUGUUUUAAAUCAGCUUGGAUGUACCAAGUCCUUCAUGAAGGAUUCCACUUUCCCUAUGACUACUCACACCUGCAAACAGCCCAGCUGGUAUACGACCGAGAAGUCCAGUGGACGCUGGGAGCCAUUCUAUAUAAGACACGAUUCUUACCACUCAGGGAUCUACGGCAGGAAGGGAUCCGACAGGCCCAUAGUAACUGGCUCCGUCUCUCCUUUGUGUACAACCACUAUCUCUUCUUCGCCUGCAUUCUGGUGGUGCUACUGGCCAUCAUCCUGUACCUUCUCCGGCUACGCCGAAUUCACCACCGACAAACUCGGGCCUCAGCUCCGCUGGAUUUGCUGUGGAUCGAGGAGGUGGUGCCCAUGAUCAGGGUACAGGUGGGGCCGUGAGGCUGGACAAUGGCCGGGGAAGCUCAAUACCUCGGAGUAGCUGCCCUCUGAAUUCCACCACUUCCCUGGGCUGGCCUCAGAUGCUGCUUGGCCUAACCUUGUGGAUAUUUGGCCUUGGAAUUUCUACUUCAGUAUCUCCUUUAAUUCUUUCUCAAUAUCCAGGUCCUCUUCUCUGAGAGAAGCUGUAAUUUAGUCUGUGAAGAAUUAAAUAAUGAGAGAUUGGUGCUAACAAAAGGGACCAACCGUAGUCCAAUGGAAGCAUGCCUCUACUCCUUCAUCUAAGAGGUCCAGUGUGUUCCUGGGAUCUAGACUUCUCUCCCCUUGCUGAAGCAUGAAGUUUGGUGUUGGGCACACUGGGAGGCUGGUUGAAACCAAACUUGGAGCAUCUGAUACAAGGCUGAAAACAUUCUAGCAGGUGCAGCAGCGCCUUGUUUCUCUGUAGCAGAGAUGACCAGUUACAUGGAGAACCACACCCUUUAAUAGGGAUCCACAAUAUUUGCAAUACAGUGGAACAGAUGUGAAUUUCCAGGCAACCAAAACAACAUAGCUUCCUUGCUUACUUGACAAAGAAGCCAUUAUGUGUGUGGUCUAAGAUCCCUGACAUAGUGUUGCUGAUGUUAGUAUGUGAUUUUGUAAGGUUAGAACCCCUUCUAAAUGAAUGGUUCACUGAAGAUUUUAAUAGUAUUUAUCUGACGUACCUGGUGUGAUCAUGACAGAGAAUUUUUUCAUGUCUGUGUGCCUCACAGGCUGUUUGGGCAUUAAUUGUUCUGUUUGAGCCUUAGGUGUGCUUGGAGGAUGGAGAAACUAUAAUGGGGAUCGGAGACCUGGAUUUGUCUGGAUUUGGGUCAUUGACCUCUAGGGUUAUUUUUAUGAACUCCUGAACAAGAAGAUUUAAAAAAAGUUCCUUUAUUACACUGCUAACAUCAUUAUGUAGUUUAGUUACAUAUUUGGGUUACUUUUAAAGAAGGAAAGAACAGUAUCAGGACAGUGGGCAAAGACAAUAAAAUCCAAACUCUUUAUUAAUUUGUUCCCUGAAAAACAGAAAUUUUCUCAAUUGACUCUUAGAAUGUCUGAAAAGGAGCAAAUUCUAAACUUUGGAAUAAGUAGAUAAAUCUGUUAAUAAGCCACCUGGCAGUUUUCAGAAUCUUUAAGAGAUUGCUCAUUCACAAACAGCAUGUCCAUUAAUGAGGAGAGAGGAAAAGCGUGAUAAUUACAUUUUCUUUCACUGCCCUUUAGGAGCUUUGCUCUUCCAGUAUAUUUAGCCUUUAAAUUGCACAAAGGUUUCAUUUACGUCAAAUCCCACCUUCCCUCAUAGGACUGUCAUCACACUUUACCAUUCCCUGUAUGUAGCCUUGAAUGCCCGCCCAAGGAUAUGCUCCCAGAGUUGAAGUAGUUUUCUUUCCUUUUUGUUAUAUUUGAUUUCUAGGGUUAGAUGAGUAGGGGAAAUGGUCCCUGGCUUUAAAGAAAAAAAAAGUGUAAAGUCCAUACUGGGAGCAGAAAGGAAUUAAGUGCUGCCUAAAGUAGAGAAGAAGAAAUCAAGAUCCUCCUAUGGUGGGUAGGUGAAAGGGUAAUGAGUCUUGAAUUUGUUUCAGAUUAGAUAAAAAUGGCUCUAGCAAAGGGUCUCAACAGCUUCUGUUGGAAAUACUUUUCAUUAGGGCUUAUGUCAAAACAAUUUCCUUUAAUUUUUAAGAAUUUUAAAUUGCCUGGAUUUUCUUUGACUCCUUACCUUUGUGUCACUGUGAGUGAGCCUUGCUUUAUGAAUGCUGCUUAUAAAUAAUGUCAGAAUGUUUUUGCUAGCCCUUGCCUACUCAGGUAACUCUUUUUUCCCCUCACCUUGGUUUCCAAAUACUAGUUUUGUUUUUCUUUGAGAUCUAGCCAAUGAUUUAGUCAAAAGGUACCUAACUGGCUAACAGUGGUCACAUUUGCGUGUUCCAAAUGAAGUUGAAGCAGAGGAGGCAGUGACCAGUCUACUAUGAAAGCUCUUUUUAGUAAAGGUAUUCUUCAUCCUGGUUAUAAUACUAGCUACCAGUUGUUAAGCACUUGCUGUGUACCAGACACUCUGUUAAGAAUUUCAUUAUAUUAUUUAAUCAUCA